GGGGGAAGCUAGGGAACAUGAGAGCAGGCCGGUGGGCGCCGCGGUUACCAUGACAACGGCAUGGAAGGCGGGUCGCCGUCUGCAGGUUUACUUUAAGCAACAUCCACAAUGAGUGACAAGAAAGACCCUAGUGAAUCUGCUGACAGUGGAGAUUCCACAGAAACUGGAGAAUAUGAAGAUGACUUUGAAAAGGACCUUGAGUGGCUAAUUAAUGAAGAGGAAAAAGGUAUCUUUGAUGACACACAGAAUCAUGAAGACAAUGAAGAGGAGGUUGAAGCUAGUAUUAACGAAGAAGAUAGAAAAGAACGAAUGAAUUCUUCAGAAGAGUCUCCUGAACCUGAGGAAGCUUUGAAGGAUGAGAGGGGGAAUUCUUCAAAGGAGCCUCCAGAUCCUGAAGAACCUCUGAAGGGUGAAGAGCUGCAAAAUCAAGAACAAUCUGUACCUGGACGUCCCAUAAAGCAGUUGGAACAAGUAUCUGAUACUGAUAGUGAAGGCUCCUGUCAGGAAUCAAACCAGGAGGACUUGGAUGAGGAUGAUGAAGAAAUAAAACGUUACAUCUUGGAAAAAAUUGAAGAAGCCAACAAACUUCUGUUGUCUCAGGAACCUUUGGAUGAAAGUAAAGAGAAGAAACUAAAAUUCAAGGACCAUCUAGUCGAUCUUGAAGUCCCUCCUUUGAAUGCUAUUGAAGCUGAUAAAAAUGAUCCUCACAGUGAAAGGGACAUUUCAGGUAGGCUGUCUCAGUUCCACAUUUCUAACGAACCAGGACGGGAAGAUAUAUCUUUUCCUCUAAACGGUGCUUUGGAUGAUGAACACAAGGAUGGCAAAAUCUUAGUAGAAAGAGAUGGGAAGUUUGAACUCCUGAGUAUACGUGACAUUGAAAGCCAAGGCUUCUUCCCUCCACUCAGUGUUUCUUUUAGUGACAUUGAAACUCAACAUAUUUCUCCUAAAACUUCCCACACUGCGGUCUUUAGCACUUUCUGUCUAACAAAAGACGAGUCCCUCAUACCGUCAUCUACAACAUCUUGCUCUUCUUCCAGAGAAGGCUUUCUGUAUUUCCCUCAACCACCUGCCAUCCGUCCAAGCUCAGCCAUCAACAUUACAAGCAAUGUGGAAAGAGGGAAAAGCCCUCGCAGGGUUCAGUCGGCAAAUGUGGGAGUCAGAAGCUCUACCUAUUGUCUGACACCCAGGCAGAAGGAACAGCAAAAGCAAAUGGAACAAAGAAGAGAGCGAUUAAAGAAACAGGAAGAAGCACGUAAAAGAGAACAGGAGGAGGAUAAAAGGAAAGAAAAUGAGUCGGUUUUCAGAGCUUGGCUGGAGAAGAAAAAAGGACAAAUGCAAGAAGAGAAACGAAUUCAACGUGCAAAAAACAUGGAAGAUUUGAACAGCAGACAGGAUAGCAGAAAUCCAGAUGAAGCUUUCAGGUCGUGGCUUAAAAAAAAACAACGAGAACAGGUGAAAGAAAAACAGCUUGAGAGCCAGAAGCAGCAGGAAGAGUGCACAUUCUUCCUUCCUAGAACAGCAGAAAAUGAAAAAGCUUAUAAACAAUGGCUAAGAAAGAAGAGGCGGGAAAAGCGAGCUGAGAUGCUGGCUGCCAAAGAGCGAUCAAAACAGUUACGGCAGGAAGCCCGAAGAGCAAAACAAAUAGAGAACAUCCUGUGUUCCAUUUCUGAUCCCAGAACACUUCGCUUCACUGACCAAUACAGCUGAGGCUUAGUCACCAGGUGCCUAGAAUUUGUCACACGAAGUACCUUGUAUACCUUGAGUUACUGUCUCCCGGAAGCAGCU